GAAGAACGUUGUUGACUUUUACUUUGUGUUUAUGAAGACUUACGGGUGAGCGUAACGAGUUUAACGGCUUUAAAACCACUGCGUUAUAUCAAGAUUUGUGUUGUGUAAUGUGUCUUACUAUUUCAUUGUAUUAUAAUGGGUUCUACUAAAUCUUCGUUCAGUUAAUACAACAUUUCCCUUACGAUAUUUAAUUAUUAUCGAUACACUCGUCUGUUCUUUGCCAACACUAACACUCCGAAAAUCCGAAGAUGCUUACAGUUUUCGCUAGAUGGCGUUGUUAAGGAUUGUACAACGAUUAUUUUAAAAAAUAAUGUAGUAUGGUUAUCUACUGAAUAUUGCGAUUGUAAAAUCACUUAUUUUCGUUAAAGUUUAUUUUUGAAUCAAGAUAUAACUUACGGCUUCCAUGAAAUGCCAACCCCGAAAAGUUUAGUAUCGUUGGCUUGGAUUAUCGAUUUUCCACUUCCCUUCCCUGUAAAGUCUUUGUGCGUAGUACGCCGCUAGCACCCACGCUACAGAGAUUCACGUCGUUCACUUUUAAGUUCUUACUGAAGUUAAAACCGUAAAGAUGACUGAAAAUCAGAACGCUCAAGCCCCUGAGCUACCUAAACAGACGGAGCCGAUCAAGGGUGAAGUACAACCACAGCCCUUCUGCAAUUGUUGGACAUGGCAUGAUGAGAAGGAACCCGGCAACCCCGACUGCGACUGUGGGGAGGAAAUAGACAUGAUAACUUGGCGCUGGGAGCUGCCACCGAGGCGGGAGAGCUGGGUGGCGCUGCACGAUGAUGAUAAGCAGGUAAUCUUUCAUCCGUUCUACAGUUCUGGAACUGCUGUCAUCAGGGGCAACGCUCCCAUGGAGCUCAACAGACAUUACUACUUUGAGGUAAAGAUGCUAACGGAACCCUACGGGACGGACAUCAUGGUGGGCAUCGGCUCCGAGAAGCUCAACGUGUCUGAAGUGCUGUACGACUAUAGGUCGCUGCUGGGAGGAACCGAGGAGUCGUACGGCAUCUCCUACACUGGCGCCAUCUGCCAGAACGCUAUGGUGACCCAUGACUCCCCUGGCUUCGUCAAGGGGACCCUCAUCGGCGUGAAGGUGGACAUGUUCCAGGGGACGCUGGAGUUCUUCCUGAACAGGGAGCCGCAUGGCAUCGUCGUCACCGAUCUGCGUAAGCACCAGAUCCUCUACCCGAUGCUGAGCUCCACUACUGCUCAGUCUUCACUGCGCUUGACCUACGCCUCAUCGUGGGAUGAGUCGCUGAUGGUGAACGCCGCUCGAGUGCUGGCUGCCUCCGCACCCUACUACGAUGAAGAAGGCGACGAGGAGGAAGAGGAAGACGAGAUGGGCUUCCUGCGCGACGUGCCUCCCGGCUUGGCUAAGAUCCUGCGCAUGCAGUUCUGGAUGGUACUGCCGACCAUGGGCCACCAGAAGCCCGAGAUGGACGCCGCCAAGUCUGAGCUCCUCCCCGCGGCGAUCAGGCGGAAACACUGGCAUCGGAGAUGGUAAAAUUUGGCCCCAAAUGACGUCGUGGGAAUGGCGCCAUUUGUGUUACCGCAUCUGAGGUGGAGGAACAAUGUCCGGGCCAAUAAUCGGCACGGGCACAACAUCGAAUUUAUUGUGAACAGUAUUACACACGAUCGAGGCCAAGGUCCGGCUUAGCGAGGAUUCGGAUAGUUAGUUUUAAGUCAGGGGACACCCUAUUAUAUACCCAUUCAAUGUAUACCAAUAUUUUCUUAAGUAUGUGUCAGUAGUGAUUAGUGAUGGCCUCGCUUCGACCUGUGAAAAAGAAAGACUGUGUCAAUGGACUGUUUAGUAUUUUAAGUAUCAUUACUCAACAAAACUUAACGCUGUGAGCGUGAUAUAGGUCUAUAUAACCAACCUAUAUAAUAGAGUGUAAGGCUAUUUAUUGGACAACUUAGUAUAGGAUCACCACAGACAUCCCUCGCACUAUUUUUGCCGAAAUACUUUUGACUUUUACACCUUUUCGUGUAGCAUUUUUCUUGAGUAGUCUCCACUGCACAUCGAGAGUGUCUUGUGUUUUAAACUUGAGCUUGUAAAGCGAGGGAAGUCGGUGCGCAUACAUAUAGGAUUAACCAUUUUUGAUGUUCUCUUUGUGUCUAACAUGAUUAUAACAUUUCAUACUUACGUGGCAUUAGCCCAUAUUUAGGAUAACACACAAACAUUGUAAUACUUAGGAAUAAGGUUUUUGUAGCCGGGGAAGGGAGUAAACAUUUUUGAUGUUCUAUACGUGUAAGACAUGAUUAAUCUUAACUUAUAUUGAUGUGGCAUUAGCCAAUUAGUACUUAUCUAAUAUAGUAAUCAAACACGCAUAAGUGCAGCCGUCGAUAACCGUCGGUAACAAUAAUAACGUAGUAGGUACACUUGUAACAACAUUGUGACAUAUUUUUUGGAAAUAUUUGAGUCCAAAUUUUAGAUCGUAAUUGUAUUAUUAUGAUGUUGAAUCAAGUACAUGUCAAUAAUCGCGUUUGCGAAUUACUUAAAUAAAUACAAGCUGUGCGUCUUUUUGUCUCUAAAUGGUGUUGUUAUUUACAUAUACCCGAAUAUCCCUUUUCCUUAAAUCAUCUCAUUUGA